CAGCAGUCCCGUCAAAACCUCCAGGUCCACCUUCAGCAACCAGACCACAAGUACACCUGUGGUAUCACUUUCAUUAGCACGUUGCUUGGAUUAAAAGAAAAAAAAAAAAAUAAUAAUAAAGCAAACCAGUGAAAUAUGAUCGAAGUCACUUUGAAGCAGAACGCCUGGGAGACAUAGACGUAUAUGGUUCAGGAUAAAAGGGGUCUUCCUCGAAAUUACGAUGCAUCUCACAGCGGUGGUCUUAAUUCUCUCCGUGACAAACAUCGUCAAAGGUUGGGAAUGCAGCGCAGGGUGCAACACAGAAAAUGGAUUUUGUGAGAAACCAGGGAAGUGCAGGUGCAAACCAGGAUGGCAAGGAGACAACUGUGACCAGUGCGUGCCCUUCCCUGGCUGUCUGCAUGGCGCAUGUGAGAAGGCAUGGCAGUGUAUCUGCGAGGAGGGUUGGGUGGGCAGCCUGUGUGACCAAGAUAUUCGCUUGUGCUCAUCCAGGCCUUGUGCUAUUAAUGCCACCUGCAUAGAGACGGGAGAGGGAGGAUAUCUGUGUAUCUGUCCCCAUGGCUUCUCUGGAGAAAACUGCCACCUGAGGAGAGGACUUUGCCUUCAAAAUGGCUCUCCUUGCCAGAACGGAGGCACAUGUAUGGAUGCUGAAGGCUCAGCGGCCUUUUCUUCCUGUUUAUGUCCCCCUGGAUUUUCUGGAGACUUCUGUGAGAUCAGUGUUGACAGCUGCCAGCCUAACCCUUGCCUCAAUGGCGGCAACUGUACAAAUCAUGGCCUGACUUUCACAUGUGUCUGUCCACAUGGCUUCUCUGGUUUCACUUGUAAUGACACCACCAGCCUCUCUCCCUGCACCGGCCGGCCCUGUGCCAACGAGGGCACCUGUGUCGGUCAACCUGAUGGAACCUUCCGGUGUAUUUGCCAGAAAUGGUUUACAGGUCCCACAUGCUCCCUGCAGCACAGACCAAGGAACAGAUCCAAGCCGGCUGCUGCCAAGCCUGUGGACAGAGUGUUUGCUCUGACUCCACAGCACUACUCCCUCCCUGCUCAUGCAUUCCACAAAUUGCUUAGACCACCCGAGAGAGACCUGCUCAAGAUCACCCUGAAGGAGACGGUUCACUCGUCCGGUGUCCUUGUUACGCAUGGUCAGCUUGUCUGCUUCAGCUUGCUAGCACUGCUCACCUGUCUGGUUAUCUUGGGUACUACAGGCAUUGUGUUUUUUGGCCGCUGUGAGACGUGGCUGGCAAAUGCCAAGUACAGCCAGCUUGUCCGGCAGCAAAGGGAGCACCUGCUGAGAGAAGCUGGCAGCACUAGCCAGGAAGAGGCGGAACACUCAGUAAACAUCAUCCUGCCGGAGAAGAUUAGACUCACCAGCUUUGGGAGGCACUACACCUCCAUCUGAUAAAAUCAUCUCCCCCUUUCCCACACUCCCUCUGGAAGACAUCAAAUAUGAUUGUGUAAAAAUAGCAACGAAUGGAAAAACUAUGACUGUCGUGCAGUUGUGUUUAUAAACGAGAGAUACUGGGCUAUCCCGGUACAUGUUUGAAUGUAAAGUCUGCUGGACCAAAUGGACAUACAUGACACUGGUUUGUAAAUGUAAUUUUUAAUCAAAAACCAUCAUUAAAAUGUAUAAAUAUAUGAAAUGUGUUCUCUCACAUAGCAUGUUGUCAAAAAGAUGUCAUUGCGUGGCUUCUUUUUAUUUGAAGAAUAUGGUUUUACUUAUUUCUCACAAGUCGCUCUGAUUUGGAAGCGGGGUUAAUUUACGAAAAUAGUAUCGAGUGACUGAGCCACUGACUUUUAAUUUGUCAGCAAGUUGUACUUUAAUAACCACUAUCAGAACUGCAAUGAAUAAUCUCUCAUUUCAUUGACAGAAAACUAAUCAACAAGAUAAACAAGAUAAAUUAUUGUUUAUUGUAGUCGAAACCUUCUCCAUACAGCAUACUGUGAAUUUCCCCGUUUCUUUUUUAUAAAUGCAAAAAUACAUAUUGUGAGUGUUUAUAGCACAAAUAAUGUGGUUAUAUGUCAUGUUACAUGCCACCCAAACAACUGUGCAAGUCCUGCAGUGAUGAACUCCACAGGAAAGGUUGUUUUCAGUGUAAAUUUAUUUCUGAUGUACCAAAAGGUAAUUUACUUUUCCACAUACCACUCAGCUUUCCUCUCACUGUAGGUACAUCAUUUCAGAUGUUGGUUUAAAAGGUAAGUAUAGAUGUCAAGUCAUGUAAAGACAGUUGUUGUUUGGCUAACUCAUUUCCAUCUCUUUGUAUCCAUGCAAUGGAUCUCGUGUUCCAUUGAGCUGUUAUAAGAUUUUCCAGCAUUGCUUCUUACUGUCAGUGUUAUUAUGCAUCAGUGAGCCCUGAAAUUGAUACUGCAGCACCUGUUUAGUGUUAUUAGUUUGCUUCAUGCAUGAGAUGUCCCACCCAUUCUGGAUGGAGGAAACGUGAUUGCCAUGAAAAUGUAUGUCAAAAUAUGGAAAAUGCAUGAGUGUUACGUAGAAAAUAUGCAGACAGAUGUGGAAAGCAUUAUGUGUAAAGUAAUGAAUCCAUUAAGUGCUGAUAUAAGGAUUAUUAGGGUUUUACAGUAAAAGAGAUUCUGUCUCUUUUUCAGUAAAUCCCCUUCAGUCUCCUUAUUGUUUAUCAUAAUUUUCUAAUUGGGUGGUUAUCUACAUUUCAGUUUCUGACAUGCAUAAAUAAAACAUAAUGAUGUACAAGUGGUUUAUCUAGUGGGGGGGCUGUGAUUGCGGUCAUGCAGGACGUGUGAGUAUUAUAUUCUGCGAUUAUUUGCUGUUGUACUUUGGCUGGAAAACAA